AUGUCUCUGCUAUUUGAAGAGAAAGAGUAUAGAAAAUUAAUAUUAGAAACCUUUAGUUUUGUUUAUUUGUGGGUUGCGAAUUUUGCGUUUGGUUGUUGGAAUACAUUGACCUCAAUUUCAGCUUCUUCAGUCCAGCUCGAUAUUUUGGGAUCUUCGUUCUCCAAAUCAAAAGACAUUAGUCUUUCUGGUAGUGGGAAUAGUUUCUCUCCAGUUUCGUCCGAUUUAUACAACAUUAUUUCAUCAAAUCAUAGUGAGAACAAUCAUACAAGUGCAUCACCCUUGAACAGUUAUACAUUUCCAUCAUCUGGGAGUAAAGACAGCAAAGAUGGAGAAGAUUCGUCUACUUGGGUAGAAACAAUUAGUUCAGUUUGUGAUAGUGUAUUCUCAGUUUCUCCAGAUUUAACCAGUUAUGAUGAAGCACUGUUUGAAACUGAUAAAGUGGUAAGGAGAGGUUCCAUUCUUUCGAAUGAAAACUUGGCUUUUAAACGAAACUCGAGACGAAUGACAAUUGACACAGUUGAUACACUUGAAAAUUAUCAAUCAAAUGAAAGAGAUAUAAGAAUUCGAAGCAAAUCAGCACCUAUGCAAAGAGAUUUCCAAAAAAGGAUGAAUAAAUGA